AUGGCAACUACGAUCCGUCUACACGAGAAUGCUGUUCCUUCGUCGAGUCCGGCCUUUGGAACACCCGUUCACCCCAUCAACCCUCGAGACAAACGACCUCCAAUUCCUCCACCAGCAUUCAAGCCUUCGAUCCCUACUAUUUUACCAAUUCUCCUACCACCUGCCAGUCUGAGACCUUUGGCAUUCCGAACUUUCACAAAGAAGCACAAUCUUACACUCAGCUCUCCUGCUCUACAAUCACUAGCCACCUUUAUCGGCAAACACUGUGGCUCAGGAUGGCGUGAACGAGGAACAGCAGAGGGCGUCCUCGAAGAAGUCGCAAAAGCAUGGAAGAAGAGCGGUGGCAGCUUGAUUGUCAACGAUGGCUCGCUGCUCAAAAACAUCUUGAAAACCAUCGAGAGCUUGAUGACUGGCGGCAAGGUUGCCCAAACAAAAUCAACCCUGAGCAGACAAAGUAGUUUUGCCUUUGCUGGCGAGAGUCAAGACCUGUCACGACGGCCAAGUCUUGCCGACACUUCUUUCCAAUCACAAGACAUUGUAGACGACGAUGACGCAGACAUCCAAGAUCCUCGAGCAUGGAUCAAGGUUGUCGGUGCCAAUGACCAGCCCAGGUUGAGCUACAAUGUCCACAAGAAGCAUUUCGAAAAGAUCACUACAAAGUCUACCCUCCUUCCCUCACCAGCUCACAGAACACAACUCUUCCGCGAUCGCUUCAACCUCAUUCAUCAGCGUCUGAUGCGGAACGAAGCCUUCCAAGCUCCCGCAGUCGCCAACUCUCGCUCUCUCAAACGUCAGGAUUCUACUUCUAUCCAACAGUUCUACAAAAUCACCCCUAUUGCAAACCUCUUGGGCAGAAAUGGCAGCAAUCACGUUCUACUCGGCAUGCUGGUCAUCACUCCUACUGGCACCCUGGCGUUGAACGACUUGACUGGAAGCAUCACUUUGGAUUUGCAGCAUGCCAAACCUCUACAAGGCCUCGACUCGUCAUGGUUCUGUCCUGGUAUGGUCGUCCUGAUCGAAGGUGUAUACGAAGAAGAGUAUUCCGGAGCUGGUGCCAGUGGUCUGGGUGCUGCCACUGGUGUCGGUGGCACUAUUGGAGGCAAGUUCAUCGGUUUCAGCAUCGGUGCCCCUCCUUCCGAAAAACGUAGCGCAACACUGGGCAUCGCCGACUCGUCCAAACAACCAGAUGUCGGUCUCGGAGGCGGCUUCGGAUGGACAGACUUCCUUGGCUUGGGCAGUGAGAAGGUCAUGGGAGCAAAGAUGCGCAAGCUGGAGAAACGCCUUCUCGCACCUACAGAUGAGGCUCAGCAACGCAAGAUGGUCAUGCUAGGUGAGGUCAACCUCGAUGAUCCAUCAUCACUAGAGGCUCUGCGCGCUGUUCUACGCCUUUAUGCUGCAGACGAUGAACUCACUCCUUUGUGUUUCAUCCUCCUAGGCAAUUUUGUCAGUCAUCCCGUAAUGGCUGGAGGGGGCAGUGGUGGCAGCAUCGAGUACAAAGAGUACUUCAAUGACCUCGCUACUGUACUCUCAGACUUCCCUGCACUCUUGCGCACAUCAACGUGGGUCUUCGUGCCCGGCGACAACGAUCCCUGGGCAUCAGCCUUUAGUGCCGGAGCCAGCAAUCCCGUUCCACGCCCACCCAUUCCUGGCCUCUUUACAAGCCGUGUGAAGCGUGCAUUUGCUGCUGCUAAAUCGGAAGCACCCCUACCAAAGUCAGACGAUAACAACGUACCCGUCGAACCAAUCUGGACGUCCAACCCAGCUCGCGUGUCUGUCUUCGGCCCAGCUCACGAAAUCACAAUCUUCCGCGAUGACAUUUCCAGCCGCCUGCGUCGCAACGCAAUAACCUUUAGCAAAGCUAGUACGGCUGAAGAUGAAGACGACGACAUGCCUGACUCUGUGCCAGCAGAGAUUCCUACACCUACACAGAUUGCCCGUAAACUCGUCCUCUCCUUGCUCCCACAAUCACAUCUUUCGCCCUUCCCAUUGUCUACGCGCCCUGUGCUUUGGGAUCAAGGCAGUGCGAUGAGUCUGUACCCUCUCCCGCAUACCUUGGUUUUGGCUGAUGCUGAGGCGCCGGCGUUCGCGGUCACAUUCGAGGGAUGUCAUGUACUAAAUCCUGGACGCUUGUGCAGAGAUGAGGGAAGAGGCAGACGAGUUGCUUGGAUCGAGUAUGAUUGUUGGGCAAAGAGAGGUGAAGUCAAAGAGAUCUGGUCAUCGUGA